GCGAAAACUGCUGCAUCAACUUCCCACCAGUGCCGAACAGCUGCAGAGUGGGGAUGACAUGGAGAUGAGGGGAAGGUGAUAGUGACCGCCGCGCUGUCUCGUGCCGCCUGAGAGAACUUGUCCCCUGUUUUUUGGCUUCACUAACUUCCUGUUUACUUCCCGCCCUUCCCGAUUCCCACUGUUAUUAUUCAUACGCGCCAUCAAUAAUGAUAACAGCAAAGUGCUUUAUACAAUAAAAAAUUGCGUUGGCCGGAUAAUAGUUUGAGGAAACCGCCAGGAAUGGAUAAGUCUUCAACUGGAUCCAACGGUUUACUCUCGCAAUCGUACGUCCAAGGCCUCGAAAGAUUAACUAAUAGUCAAGAGAGUCUCGGCCACCACCGAUUAUCCCAAGAAAUAAUUGACGUACGUGAGAAAGUAUGGGACAAUCUCUUCGCAAAGUACUCACAAAAGUUAUCUGAUGACAUUGAAAUAAAUCUCAACUCCCCAUCAGAAGAGGAGGAGGAGGACGUGGCUCUAGAAGGAGAAGAUGAGAACGAUGAGGAGGAGGAAGACGACGACGAGGAGGACGAUGACGAGGAGGAUGACGAUGGUGAAUACUUCUGCAAGAGUCGUACACCAAUACGAAAGUCUCAAUCUCUCAUCCAGUACUGGGUGGACACUGGCAAUGCUCCCUACCAGAUGAUGGACAACCUCUCGAAAUCGGAGAGUGGUUCAUCUCUCAGCGAAGAGGAUUGUCCAAGACUCCCGAAAUAUCCCAUCACAACCGACCUCAUGCCCGCAUCACCUCAACCAAAGAAACCAGAAGGCAUCUCCAACGAUACGUCAAUUGAUACAGGUCCGUACAUCCGCUCCACCAACAUCACAAAUAAAUCGAUGACGAUGGUAAUUCUGGAGGAAGGCAAGGCACCAGAUGAUCCACCAACUCCAAGAGAUCCUCUCGAGUCCAAAGAUCCCUUAGAGAUUAAUCAGACCCAGACGAAAAAUUCACCACCUCGUGACGACGAAAUCUGUGAUAAUAAUAAUGUCUCCCUGGAUAAGUCCCACGAUGCCUCCAUGAUCCUAAGUAAACUCGAUGAGACUAUACGUUCAUUAAACAGGAGCAGACUGAAUUCCUGUGCUAGUGAAGGCCUUGAGGGAUCCGAGGACUCUGAGGUCAAGGCCAUGACAUCGAUCAUGAAGAUAUCUGAUGUACUUCCAGCUCUUGACGUACAACUGGGUAAAUUACCAACCAAUGCAGCUAUUCAUAGGUUGAAAGACUCUGAGGUGGGAUCUGGAGAUUCCAGUGGAAGAGCAAGUCCCAAGUGUUUUCCUCUCAAUAAAAAGGCAAAUAGGAGGAAAUUAUUUACUGGGAGAAACUCCCCAAUGGAUAUCAUCGUCUCUUCCACGAUGGACAGUGAAGAUCAAACUGUUCCCAGAGUUGCAAAUCUACAUCCUGCCUUCCAGGGAACACCCAAACUCGGAGGGAAAAUCUCCAAUCUGAAGAAGAGAGCGACUUUCCACGCCAGGAGACAGAGCAAAUUGUUUUUGAAUCGUAUGCAUUCAGGAAACGGUAAGGAUUCAUCUGAUCCCUCAUCUGAGAAGAAGGAGAAGACAUUUUUGAAGACACUGGGACUCGUGCCCACUCCUAAGUUCAAUACUAAGACGAAGAGAAAGACCAUCUGUGGAAUUUCUAGGAGAACGACCUCCAAGAGGAGUCAAAAGAGGAAGGUCAAGUAUCGGGAGGUUGAGUCUGAUUCUGAUGAGGACAUGGAGGACUCUUCGAAGAGUUCUCUUCAGAGUUCGGUGCCAGUUGAUGAGUGUCACGAUCUUAUGUCUCUUUGUGCUAAAAAAGUUCUGACUGUUCCACUGCAGAGGCUUCCUGACAAUCUUCUGACAAAAAAUCGAGAUAAAUCCGAUAGAAAAUUGAAGAGAGGACCUAGAGGUGGUAUUAGGUAUGGAAGAAUAAACAGAGUGGACUCGGGGCUGGAAGCUUCUCCGGCGACAACGGAGAUAUCUUUGAGGAAGAAGAAAAAGGCUUCUGAGUCUCGGAAAAUUGAGCUGGACUCUCAAGAGAGCGAUCAGAGUACGAUCAUCAUGAUGGAGUGUGAAGAGAAAGGGAGAAAACCUUCUGCUCCUUUCGUACGUUUGGAAAAGUUAAUUAUUAAUUCUGAUCCCCUUCCAGAGACUGGGAACGGUGAAGAAUUGACUCCAGGUGAUGAGAAGAAAGGCAAGAAAACAUCUGCUGAAAACAUCAUCACGCGUUCAAAAAAAUCAAUUUUGAAUUCUGAAAAAUCCCAGGAAUUGACUCCCAGGAAUAAAAAUGGGGAUAAAAAGCCGAAAAACAAGAAAAAUUCUCAAGAAUUAACUCCAGAGGAUGAGAACGGAGGGAAGAAAGCGUUUAUUAAAUCUCGAGCUUCACAAACGGUCCCAAAAACGAAAACGACAUCAUCAGAGGAUAAAAAAUCUUCUCCUUAUUCAACUCGAUCGAGAAAACAGUUGAGUGACCCUGAAGAUGCUCCGGAAGAAACGAAUAAUGGAGUCGAUGGGAAAAUAGCGAAGAAACUUGAUAGUCGCACAAUCAGGAUCCUGAGACGUCGGUUGGCGCUCAAGAACCAAGAGAAUAAGGAUAUAUGCCGAAAUUCCAGGAAAGUCAAUGCUAAAAAAAUUAAAGUGAAGCGUUCGAAAGAUACAAGUGAAUUACUGGAGGGGAUUGACAGGACUUCCCAGGGUUCGUCAGAAACUGUACAAGGAUGUCAAGAUGAUGAGAAUGAAGAGGAGAGUCAGAACGAGGGAGAAGUAUCUGUAGCAAUAGGAACUGUCACUGUGGCAAUUGAUAGUGACUCUUGCUCGGAUUCUACUCGACCUACGACUCGAAGGACAACAACUGGGGCCAGAAGACGAUUCUCCAAUCCUAUAAUCACGUUUUCGUCAGAUGACGAAACUGAUUUCGUCACGAAACUGCAGAAAAGUUAUGAAAAAAUUGAGCGAAGAUCCCAGAGGAGAAACCCAGACAAUCGAUACUCUGAGGAUCAGAAGAAGAUUAUUAAUGAUUUGACGGGUGAGCCAGUAUUUUCUGGGAUUAUUCUGCCGAGUGAUGAGGAAGAGAUUUAUCAGAGCUCGCAGGUGAAGGUUAAAGAGACGAGUAGGAGAUCUACGAGAUAUGGCAGUCCUGGGAAGUCUAUUAAAAGCUCGAAGAGACCGAGUUUUGUCAGGGUUUUGAGCUACGAUGACGCGUCGUCGAAGAACUCUGAGGAAAUCGAGGAGAGUCCACCGAAGAAAUUUAAGACUGAGGCUGGAGAUGCUAAAGUACUCACCGAGAAUAUUCGUAAGAAUACGCCAAUAAAGAGAAUAGAGUCAGAUUCUAUUGCUUCAUCGGAUGAAUCGAUGAUGAUUCUGAUGAGCAGGAGGACGAAACCUGGUGGAAUCAAACGCAAGGCAGAAUUAGAGUCCUUGAAUCACCAAGAAAAUUCUACUACUCAAAAGUCAUCGAUAAUGAGACUACAGUCGCCAAUUAAGAGUAUGAAUUCACUUCCAGUUGUCAAAUUACUGAGAGAACCUCCAGUGGAAAAACUCGCGUCGAUAAAAUCACAGAAAGAAAAAUCAGAGUCAGUGAUUGAAUCAACAGAUAUUGAAUUAAUGGACCUCAGUGUAUCAAUUACGAGAAUACCUGGUGAUCUGGAGAAAUCCCUCAACAAUGAUAACAGAAAAUCGAGUCCAAAGGUCUCACCAGUUAAAUCAUCGUCCGUAAAUCGUCCCCGAAAAAGUAUUUCUUCGGGAAGAAAAAUGAGGAUUUCGACGAGAAAGGUGACCUCAGACGACGAUAGUUCUGUUGAUUUCUUCCUCCGCACACCCACCGAUAAUAAUAUUAAAUUAACUGAUGACGAUCAUAGUGAUAUUGAUAACACACAACGUACAAAAUUAUUUCACAACCCCUUCGAGGAUACUGGUGAGAAUUUAAAUAUUUCAUUGAACAGAAGUUACGAACGGAGAUUAAGUAAGAAUACGAACAGUUAUUUAAGAAAAAAAUCAGUAAUAACGCUUCGAACACGAGAUGAUUCCGACUUGGAGGAUUAGUUAUGUAAAAUAUUAUUUCUUUGUGAAUUAUCUUGUGAUUAAUCAGUUUAUUUCGUUAUUUUUCGUUCAGUGUAAAAAAAUAUCCUAGCAAUUUAUUAAUGAGAAAUUCAAUUCCAAAAAUGAAAAAAAAAAAUCGCUUUUAAUUUGACGGACUCGUGUGUUUUUCACGUUUUUUUAGUAAACGACGCAUUUUAUGACAGUGAAAUCGUUGACGAUUACGUUUUAUUCUGAGGAUAUGGUUAUUUUAUGAAAUAUUUGUGAAUUGUUACAUUGUUGGGGUCUAGGGCCGGUGACUCGGGAUUUUUUCGGAUGUUCAGCUGUGCCUUUUUCUGGAGUUAUUUCCGAUGCUUUUCCAUUUUUACAGUUUUUUUUUAAACGCCUGAGAAACGGUUCCUAUCAAUAUUUCCUUUUCGAACUCAAAUCCACUUGCAAUUCUUUCGAUUCCUCUCAGAGAAGACUAGCCCUAGGUAUCCAACGUACAAUUUGGAAUUGUUGAAAUUAAAAAAAAGAAUGAAUCAAUUAAAUUUUUUUGAUUAAUUGACUAGACUCAACGAGUAGAUUAUCAUUGUAAAUAUGUACAUCGAUGAUUGACUUUCAAUAAUAAAAAAUUGUUAAAUGAU